AUGUAUCAAGGAUUCUCAUCUGCUGCUUGCUCCCGUCUGCAGUCGGCUCAAGGCACUACUGGCUGUAGCGCAUUGAAAAUGGUCUCUGGCACUUUAUACCGGAUUUCAACUGUGGAUGAUAUCAACUCUUUUUUAAAAACAGCUCCAUCUAGUGCUGACUAUGUUGUGGUCAUGCCAACCUCACUCCUUACAAUAGAUAAUAUUAAUUUACUGGAAAAAACUGGCAAAGUAUCCGGGAUAUUUACCAUCACAGAUAAGCGGUAUCCAGCAUCAUAUUCACCUGAAGCUUCUUGUCCAAAUUGUCGAUAUGGAUUAUAUUCUAAUCAGUCUAGUCCAUACAUCUGGAAUCCUUUAGGAAACUCUGUUUCUACUGGAAAUUAUGAAUUUCCCAUUUUUGGAAUCUAUCCUAGUGAUGCUACAUCUCUCCAAACAAUAGAUGCCAUUAAUGAGGCUCUCCAGUUUAAUAUCAAUCGAGGAUAUACUGGAUAUCCACUGUAUGCCAUGGAGUUUGAUUCUCGCAUGUUUUCUGCUAUCGAUUCAACAACAUGUUUGCGCCGUGGCCGUUGUCAACCUAUUGGAGGAUACUCUGUUUGGUCAACAUUCUCAUCCAACAUUGAUGCAAGCGAUAAAAAGCCUAUUGUUAUGGUUACCUCGAAACUGGAUAGUUCGGCGUUUUUGCGUGACUAUGCAUUUGGCGCAAGUGGUAGAUCUGGGGUCAUUGCCAUGCUUGCUACUGUAGAAACGCUUAGUCGUGUUCAAGGUGGUAUAGCAAACCUGCCAAAAACAGUCGUUUUUGCUGCAUUUGAAGCCGAAUCAUGGGCAUUUGCAGGAUCACAGCGCAUGGUGCAGGACAUGACUACACCACUGGUCUGCAAGGAUGCAUCUGGAAAAUCAUCUGCAGGAUGUUCUAUCAAUGGAGCUCAAUGCAACUCACCCUGCUUUUCUACAACUGAUUUUACCAAACUAAAUUUCAAUCUGAUUGAUUCGGUGAUCGAGUUUGAUUCCAUUGGUGAUAUUACCCGUCCCGCUGCAGAUGCAUCUUUGCAUUACAUUCACGUGGACACCAUCAACAGUCAAACUAAUCAAUUGCUUAAUCAAUUCAAAACCGCUUUGAUACCUGCACCACCGAUAUCUGGAACCACAAAACAAAUCAAUAUAUCUGUAAAUGUUGCUGCUAGUCUGUCUGCAACCAAUCAUCAAUUGCCACCGUCUUCUGCAAUGGCGUUUUUGGCAAAACGUCCUGAUAUUCCUGCAGUGGUAGUAUCGGAUUAUCUAUUGGAAUUUUCCAAUCAAUACUAUCACUCUGAAUUUGACGACGGUUUAACAUGGAAUAACGAUCAUGUUGCUGCUAUUUGUGGCAUGGUUGGUGUAAUGGCAAAGGGAAUUUAUCUUCAGGCUGGUGGAGCUAUUUCUAAUGUUCCUACAAUCAAUCCUGAUUGUGCCGUGGUCGGUCAGUUGAUGGAUUGCUAUACUCGUAAUGUAACAUGUGCUUUGUUUCAAAAACUCAAAAUCAAGUCACAGACGAGUGUGUUUACGGGGUACUCGAGCGUUUACAACCCAUCGAGUGUCAGCUCAAUGGCAAUGUUGUCGAAUCUGUUGAUGAUCAACUGGACUGCUUCUGCAGUGGUUGGAAACUGUUCAGAUCCAAGAUGCAUGACACUCCCAUCAGAUUAUCGGUGUGCUGGAAACCUGUGUGUCCUUUCCAUGACCAGGCUACAUCGUGCUUUUGGAACUGGUCUUGAUUCUAAUGAUCAGGGUGUAUAUAGUGUUGUCGAUCCACAAAAGGGUACAUGGACAGAAAGCUCAUGGGACACGACACGCAUGCGUGUAUUUAAAGUGGCAUCAAAAACUUACCAAGGCAUGCAACUAGGUGUUGGAUUAGCUUUGACUAUUGUAUCUGGACUACUCACUUGGUUUAUUCGAUCUUAUUAUCGUGUGCGUACCAAAAAAGAAUGAUUUGAGAUUGCAAUGGUUUUUACAGCCGUAUUCACGUAAAAUGGAGCAUUUGUAUUUAUCUUGCAGACUUUAUUUUGCUUUGGAAUAAACAAUAUCUAAGCAC